AUGACAAUUCCAAAAGCUCUCUACUCUUUAGCCAUCCUUACCGUUCUCUUUGUGGUUUCGAGUAGUCAAACUGUCUGCAAUCCAGAAUGCAAGGCAAAAGAACCCUUCAACUGUGAUGAUGUUCUUACAUUCAACCGAUCUGGAUUUGCAAAGAAUUUCACUUUUGGUGCAGCUACCUCUGCAUACCAGAAAAAGUUCAGGAGUUCAGGAGACCUUGCUUGUGAUUCCUAUCAUCUUUACAAGGAGGAUGUUGCACUACUAGUAAAACUCAAGGCUCAAGCAUACCCGAUUCUCAAUAGCAUGGUUAAGGGUCUUACCAAGUAA